GAGAGAGAGAGAGAGAAAUAGUGAACGUAUGACAUUUGAUCAUAAUGAUUAUGAUAUGGGAUAAAGUGAAUUUGAUAAUUAAACUGUCAUGUGUACGUGUAUAUUAGGAAUUAUAAGUAAAAUAAUAUUACAAAUUUGAGAUAGGCAUUAUUAUAAUAAAGAAAACCUCAAAAUAGGAAUACGUAAAACAUUUGAGGAUGCGAUGCCCGCACGUAGACGACACGUUGGUUACGAGUCAGAAAAUGAUUUAGUGAUUGCAACCUCAAACAGUGAAUGGAGAGGUAGCGAAAAGAAACAACAGUAUAACGAUGAAACUCGUAAUGUCGGUGGUUUAGAAGAAAAUCAUUUGAGACAACGUGAUAUACCACCACAAAUAACAAUGACAGCUCGCGACAGAACUAAUGAAUUUAUUAAUACUAUAAGAACAAUGCAGGACAGAACAGUCGUCAGAACGACUAACCUGCAAAAUCCAAGAAGGGCGAGACAAAUGCAAAAUUAUUCCAAUUUUAUGAUGGUCGUUAAAAGUAUUGGAAAAAACAUUGCCAACACUUACACCAAAUUGGAGAAACUUGCUCUAUUGGCCAAAAAGAAAUCAAUCUUUAACGACAGACAAAUGGAAAUUGAAGAAUUAACUAACAUAAUAAAGACAGAUUUAAAAAGUUUGAAUCAUCAAAUAGGAAAGUUACAAGAUAUGGGAAAAAUGCAAAGAGAAAGUUUCUCUUCAUCUCAAGGGAAUCAUAUCGCUUCUCAUUCUUCAUCUAUAGUGAUGGCCCUACAAUCAAAACUUGCAAAUAUGUCUAAUCAUUUCAAAAGUGUCUUGGAAGUUCGUUCCGAAAAUAUGAAAGAAGAACAAACCAGAAGACAACAAUUUUCGCAAGGAUCUGUAUCUACUAUGUUACCUCCUAGCGUAGUUUCUGGAAAACAAGGUUCCUUAUUACUUCAAGAACAAGAAUCUAGUUCUUCGGUUGCUAUAGAUCUUGAACCAGCAAUGGGUCAAUUGUCUAUGCAACAAAUCCUACAAGAUGAUACGGACUCAUAUGUUCAGUCACGCGCAGAAACUAUGCAAAAUAUUGAAUCGACGAUAGUCGAACUAGGUGGUAUUUUUCAACAAUUGGCUCAUAUGGUUAAAGAACAGGAAGAGAUGGUAGAAAGAAUAGAUAGCAAUAUAGAAUAUACAGAAUUAAAUGUGGAAGCUGCGCAUGGUGAAAUCUUAAAAUAUUUUCAAUCAGUGACAAAUAAUAGAUGGUUGAUGAUUAAGAUAUUUGCUGUUCUCAUAUUUUUCUUUAUCUUUUUCGUAGUAUUUUUGGCAUAAAAUGAUUCUUUCUAGUUCAAGUAUAUAUAUAUGUUCUCAUUUAUCAAUUCUAUUUUAAUAUUUGUAUUCAGUACUUGUGAGAUACAGCAAAUAUAAUUCAAACAAAAAUCUCAUUUUUAUGAGACACGUGUAACAUAGAACUAUAAUAACAUUCAAUUGCAUUCCUUUUACUAAAUUAUUAGUUAUACGCGAGGAUUAAAUAUUAAUUGAAAGUUAUAUGAUCUUUUAAAAAAAAAAAAAAGAAAUACUUAGUUUUUAACUAUAAUUGUAAAAUAGAAAAAGGGACUUCUGAUAUUGGAAAAUAAAUAUAAGAUAUAAGAGGAAAGGAAAAAAAAAAAAAAUAAUAAUUUCACGUGGAAAACAAGUGUUCAUAUUUGUAAAUUUAAAUAAUUAUAUAUAAUUAUCUUUUGUUGCUGCUUGUGCUUAAAAAAAGAAACAAAAAUGAUGCUAUCUUAGAAUUUUAUACGACAUAUGCAAUGCUUAUAUAACAAACAAAAGCCUAGAUAUUUUGUAUAUAUAUAAAAAAAAAAAUGUACGAAGAAUUAUUUAAUGAUAAAUUAUGGAAAUAUUUUAAAAAAUAAAUUACCAUUUAUUUUUAAUCAAUUAAAAUCAUAACGACUAUAGAGUGUUUUACUUCUUAUGCCGAGUGCAAUACUCAAAAUAACAUUAUGCUUUAAAUUUAUUUCAUACUUCAAAAUAGAAAGAGUGUAUUUUUAAUCAGAUGAUUUUUUUUCAAAUUUUUGAUUCUUUUGAAAAAUGUAUAGCAAUUUUUUAAAAAUAUUCUUUUUUUUAUUUAUAGUAAUGAUAUGUAUUAUUAUUAUUGAAAAUUAGCAUAAGUAUGGCAAUGUGGUAAAAAAUUCUUUAAGAAAUUUCGUAAGAUAAUAGUAUAAUAUUUAUUAUACGAUUAAUCGGAUAAUAAACAACGUUAACAAAAUAUGUCCUAAUGGAAAA